ACUUUCUCCCUCUUUAAAAGAUUGACGUGAUUCGAUUCUGAAUUAAUUAAAAUUCAAUAUAAUGAUUAAAUAUUAAAAAAUUAAUAUAUAAAAAAAAAAAACAAAUAGAAGCAGGCAAAAAUAUAACGGGGUUCAUGCAUCUUACUUAUAAAUGAAUCAUGAUGUCAACCAACAAAUAUGAUUCCCCAGCACUGGUAAAGCUGGUUUAGAGAAAUGUCAUUCCUUGCUGACACUAGAACAAUUGAGGCCAAACCGGACCCAACUGCAGUGCCGUUGACCAAAGCAAGCCCUUCCUUUGGCCGCAAUUCGAAGAACCCCGAUUCGAUUCCUGCUAGCCGGAAGGCUUCCUUGGCAUUGAGGGUUUCUCCGUUGGGUCCUACCGACUUAGAAUUUGGACGGCCUAGUGCUAGAGUAUCCCUGGAGCAGCGUGUUGAUCCUGACCAGCAUGGCUGCUGUGUUGGCUGAGUGAGGCAGCAUAUGUGGAAAAAAAAAAAAAAAGAGAUGGGUUUAACUGCUGACCGUUUGGGACUUAACGGUCAGCAGUAACGGCAACAUGGACGAUGUUAGUGGAGGGACGACAACGAACAAAAAAAGCCAAGUAGAGGGACGACGUUUUGGCUCUUUGGAGAGUAGAGGGACGACAACGAACAUGACCUUAGUAGAGGGACAAGAACGAAUAAAAUAUUAAAGUAGAG